AUGCAGUGGCAUGCAGUACAAAGAUCGAAUGUUUCGUCAAAGACAGACGAAAAUGUUCACAAUGAUCACCAGCCAUGGGAGAGCAAGCAAGAUCCAACAUGCAGCAGGAGUUCUGCCAGAGUCGAUGGCACCUACCAAAUUAUAUCACACAGAGCUGUUGAGAGUUCCAUUCGCAAGGAGACCAACCUUUACAACACGAGUUUCACCAGCGACACAGCCUCUUCCAGCACCGAUGAGGAAGGCCCAAUUCGAAGAGUCUCAAAUCCCUUGGAUGUCGACAUGCCAAUAGAAGCCAAGUCCAUCACCACUAUUGCGUACCAAAGGGCCUUGAGAAAUCGACCUCUGGAGCAGCUUCUCUCACAUGGCGAGAAGUUCGACCCGAACGCCUACACCCCGACCUUUCUACACGACAUGCUCAUGCUUCCUGGCUCGCUGGCCAAUCUGCUUGAUAAAAUACCAACCUGGGACAUCGAGCGUCAAAUGACACCCGCCCUCCUCCCAGGCUACAAAGCCCACGUCCACGCCCCAUCGCUCCAGCCAGCACUGACCCAAUCAGACGACCCCAACGACUACGUCCAAGGCAUGCUCAUCUUCGGCCUGGGCAAAGAUCUCCGCCGUCUAAUCCACAACCACUACCGCACCCACGCCAAACGCCGCAAACUCCAACUGGAAGUCGAACUCCAAGUCCUCGUCGAAGAACCCGGCCCCGGCCACGUCUUUCAGCAGAAAGUGCUGCGGCCUCGCCGGCGAGCGAUUCAAGCGCACGUGUGGCUGUGGUCGAAGAAGCGGGGUGGCGAGGAAUUUUGUGAGACGGGGGAGUGGAAUCUGGAGCAUGCGCUGUUGGGGAAUCUUGGACCUAAGCAGACGGCGCUGAGGGUUGAGGCUGAUGCUAAGGGGGAUGAGGAUGGGGAUGGGUGGAUUGGGAGGGAGGUGAAGGAGGUGAGGGUUGAUCCCGAGGAGAGGGACAGUAGAGAGGUUGUGCGGCGCGGCGGUGCUGGGUCUUUGGACUAUGAGCGGAUUACGGGAGUGGGUUUCACGGGAUGGUAG